CAGAGAAGUCCCUUCUCGGAGCCGCCCGUGGUUUACCCUGCUGCUGACCUACUUCUCCCGGAAUGGGAACAGUCUCUCCUUGACUGUUUCUCCUCGUGGCUCUCCAGAGACCCUACAGCGGCUGUGCGCCCCGCCCCGAUUGCCAUGGAGACCGCUCAUACACAGUCUCUCCCCCUUCUCCUCCACCUUGGCCUAAGUGGGGCCCGCGGGCCAGACCAGCGCCCGCCUAGGAGGCACCCCGCCAUGGCGGGGGGCCACGGGCCCAUGAACAGUGGGGCCCCUGGGACGCUGGCCGUGGGGAGAGUGAAAUUCUUCGACCGGCACCGCGGGAAGGUCAACUCCUCUGCCUUCUCUCCCGAUGGCCAGAGGCUGCUCACAGCCUCCGAGGACGGCUGUGUGUAUGGCUGGGAGACCCAGAGCGGGCGGCUGCUGUGGAGACUGGGUGGCCAUACAGGCCCCGUUAAGUUCUGCCGAUUUUCCCCUGAUGGCCGCCUCUUCGCCAGCACCUCUUGUGACUGUACCAUCCGCCUGUGGGAUGUAGCAGAAACCAAGUGUCUGCAGGUCCUAAAAGGUCACCAGCGGAGUGUGGAGACUGUCAGCUUCAGCCCUGACUCAAAGCAGCUGGCAUCAGGUGGCUGGGACAAGACGGUGAUGCUCUAGGAGGUGCAGUCAGGCCAGGUGCUGCGCCACUUAGUGGGACACUGAGACUCUGUCCAGAGCAGUGACUUCGCACCCAGCUCCGACUGCCUGGCCACUGGCUCCUGGGAUUCUACCAUCCGAAUGUGGGACCUUAGGGCCGGGACCCCAGCGUUCUUCCACCAGGAGCUGGAGGGCCACAGUGGCAACAUCAGCUGUCUGUGCUACUCGGCAUCUGGCCUACUGGCGUCCGGCUCCUGGGACAAGACCAUCCACAUCUGGAAGCCCUCAACCAGAAGCCUGCUUGUUCAGCUCAAGGGCCACAUCACCUGGGUGAAGAGCAUAGCUUUCUCCCCUGAUGGGCUGCAGCUGGCAAGUGCUGGCUACUCCCACACGGUCAAAGUAUGGGACUGCAACAGCGGAAAGUGCAUUGAGACCCUGAAGGCCCAGCACAUCAAUCCUUGUUGAAUAAAUUGAAUUAAAGAGACUUAUCCCAGAUCACAGUGAAGCAGGCUUCCAGGAAAUGGAGGGAGAUGGGGAAGAGACGGCAGAGGGCAAUCUUGGCAGAGAUUAAUCUUAAAUGGAAGUUGAAUGGUGCACAGGGACUUGUCUGUCAUAUUUUCCAAAUGCUUAUAGCUCUAUUAAAGGUAAUGAUUAUACACAUCUUUUCUAAACUUGAAGUCAUCUAUGGCUCCCCUGUUUCUCUUACAUGACACAUCCAAUAUACCCCUAAAUUCUGCAGCGUCUAUCUUCAGAAUACCUAACUUCUUCUCACCACUCAUUGGCACCUG